AAAGCGAGUGUCGCGGUAAUAGAGAGCGGCGGGACUUCUCUAGUGCUUUUCGGGCCUUAAUUCUAAUUAGACGCGAUAUAGUGUAGCCGAGUCAUCAUGAGAUACUGAUGCCGAGUGUUGUUCGGUCAUAUAAAGGAGAACCCGUCCCGUCUCGCAAGAAGUGUAAAGACGUCCGCCCGGUCCGGAGAUGAGUUUCACGAGCGACGAAGUCAACUUCUUGGUAUAUCGUUACCUCCAAGAAUCGGGUUUCUUCCACUCAGCUUAUACGUUCGGCAUUGAGUCUCACAUUUCUCAGUCGAACAUCAAUGGAGCCCUGGUGCCCCCAGCCGCUCUGUUGUCGAUCAUUCAGAAGGGUCUCCAAUACACAGAAGCCGAAAUCUCAAUUGGAGAGGAUGGUUCCGAACGGUUGAUCGAGUCGCUAUCGCUCAUCGACGCGGUCAUGCCCGACGUCGUCGCUGCCAGACAGCAGGCAGCUCAACAAAAAGCGAAGCAAGAAGUUGUCAACCCUCAGAACGGUGACAAUAACGCCGCGACCAACGGCGACGUGAAACGUGAGUUGCUUCAAAUGUUGGAGCCGUUUCUCGAAUUCUCUCCGUCCUGUGGAAACGCCCUCAUUCUUCGUUUAUCUUAUAGCUCCAUUGAAACAAUAUCCGGGAACGUAAGCUCCGCGACCGCACCUACACCCAUGGACACGUCAACGAGGCCGCCAGCGACUCCCAACAACGAAGAAACAGGACCCGUCGCGAUACCGCCCCCGGCCGGACCCCCGAACGAACCCAGUUGGGUGGGGAUUCCGGGCAUUAACACCUUGGAGAUCCCAACAUCCAGAGCCACAACACUGAAAGGUCACGAUAGUGAAGUCUUCAUCUGCGCGUGGAAUCCAGCGUCGGAUCUACUGGCGUCUGGAAGCGGGGACUCCACGGCACGCAUCUGGAACCUCAACGAGCCUCCCAUUCCGUCUGCGAGCCAGCAGCUUGUUCUAAGACAUUGCAUUCAAAGAGGAGGAACUGAGGUGCCGAGUAACAAAGAUGUCACUUCGCUGGACUGGAACUCCGAAGGUACUCUGCUAGCGACCGGAUCUUAUGACGGUUUUGCCAGAAUUUGGACCACAGAAGGACGACUGGCAUCCACACUCGGUCAACACAAAGGUCCCAUCUUUGCAUUGAAAUGGAACAAGAAAGGAAAUUACAUUCUUUCUGCUGGCGUUGACAAAACGACAAUCAUUUGGGACGCCUCGACCGGUAACUGUACCCAGCAGUUCGCUUUCCACACGGCUCCUGCCCUCGAUGUAGAUUGGCAAAGUAACAUCAGUUUCGCCUCUUGCUCCACUGAUCAGUGUAUCCACGUUUGUAAGUUGGGCGUCGAGAAACCGAUGAAGACGUUCACGGGACACACGAACGAAGUGAACGCAAUUAAAUGGGAUCCUCAAGGACUUCUCCUCGCUUCCUGUUCGGAUGACAUGACCCUCAAGAUUUGGACUAUCAAAGACGCGCCAAACGGAGGUUUGGUACACGAUCUGCAAGCACACCUCAAGGAAAUUUACACAAUCAAGUGGAGUCCUACCGGACCGCAAACGGCGAAUCCCAACAUGAAUUUGGUUCUAGCGUCAGCGUCGUUUGAUUCCACGGUUCGUUUGUGGGAGGUCGAGAGGGGACACUGCCUGUACACUUUGACUAGACACUCUGAGCCAGUAUACUCGGUGGCGUUUUCACCAGAUGGUCGUUACCUCGCUUCCGGUUCAUUUGACAAGUGUGUGCACAUCUGGUCAACAGCGACUGGGCAGCUUAUGCACUCAUACAAGGGAACCGGUGGCAUUUUCGAAGUCUGUUGGAACGCCAAAGGAGAUAAAGUGGGCGCGAGUGCUUCGGACGGCUCAGUUUUCGUGUUGGACUUGCGGAGAAUGUGAAUCCCGGAGAGCCGACCAUGAAAUCGACCGGGACCGUUUGGUUGCAUACUUAAAGAGAGACGUUUUGGCCGAUUUUAAGCGUUCCCAAACCACGAAAAGAACAUCAUGGUGGCAGUGGACGGAUUUUUCAACUGUGUUGAACUCGGAGCCUCAAACAUGUUGGUGUUGACGAUUUGUACACUCUUCAGACAAAAGAAUUCCACCUUGUUCCGUGUAUAUAUGAUUGUUUCAUUGAGGAGUCAAAUGGAUGUGGGAGUGGCUAAUUGAGCGACAGGAAGCCAGUAAAUGUUGACAAAAUGGACGACUGCUCAAGC